UCUCUUUUUCACUUCCAGUUUUAUUUGCUUUCGGAAUAUUCAUUAUAAAUCCUGAGGAUCAUAUCCAUUGCUGUUUUUUUUCCCAGUGUAAAGGUGUUUGUGUUUAUAGCUAACGGGUUAGCCUAUUCCUCCUUCAACCACCAAAAAACGCAGGAGGUGUGUGCGAUGUGAUGUGAUGUGGAGCUCCGCGCUCGCGCCCCAAGCUUCAGUAUUCUCAUCAGCACCAAUAUCAGUGUCAGCCUCAUCCUCCGAAAUCUCGGCUCCAUGUCUCCAGCAUCAUCCGGGGCAAACAGCAGCAGUCCACUUCCCCAUGACCAGACAGAGAGAAGGAGAGAAGAGCAGAGACCUCAGCAGCAGUCACUGAUCGAGGCACUAUGGCGAGAAUCACACUGGAAAUGUCUCCUCCUGACACUGCUCAUGUAUGGCUGUGUGUUCGCUACGACAUGGUGCCAACUGGCCAAAGUAACACGACUCAGCACUGAUAGUAACCUCAAUGGCAAGUCAACGGUGUACCAUGAGCGUGCCUGCUCCGAUGGGUACGUCUAUAUCCCUGUGGCUUUUUUGCUCACACUUUACACACUCUACUUGGUGGAGUGCUGGUACUGUUCCAUGCGCUUCAACCUGCAGUACAAAGUGGAUUUGGAGAGUAUAUUGGAGCGGGUGCAGCAGAUGCAGCAGGCCACACCGUGCAUCUGGUGGAGGGCCAUCAGUUACCACUAUGUGCGUCGCACACGUCACGUGACCCGCUACCGCAACAGUGAUGCCUACAGUUCCACUCAGGUGUACCACGAACGGGUCAACACGCACACAGCCGAGGCAGAGUUCGACUAUGGGAACUGCGGUGUGAAGGAUUUCUCCAAGCAACUUGCAGGCUUGGAAGACUUCCGCAUCACGAAGCUUCGCUUCACCAAAUGCUUCAGCUUUGCCAAUGCAGAGUCAGAGAACUCUUAUCUGACACAAAGAGCACGAUUCUUCACAGAAAACGAAGGGCUAAAUGACUACAUGGAGGCUCGUGAGGGCAUGCAUCUUAAAAACGUUGACUUCAGGGAGCACGUAAUGGUGGUCUCAGGCCGACUGCCAUGGUUUUUGUGGCGCUGUGUGUUUUGGAUAGCAGCGGCGCUGACGUUCUCUUGGCCCUUGCGUAUUCUGACCGAGUAUCGCACAGCUUAUCUUCACUACCAUGUGGAGAAGCUGUUUGGAUUUAAUUAUUUACGCUACUGCCACCACAUCUCCAGAGUGAACACAAUCGAUAGCACUGAACUAGAGUGGCACAUCCGCUCCAACCAGCAGCUGGUCCCCAGUUACUCCGAGGCAGUGCUGAUGGAUGCGAAUCUGUCUGGCCGAGACUCCGUCUCACCCCAGAACUGCGAGCGUUGCCGUCGGGCCUUGAGUGGCUCGUCCAUUUUCUCCCGCAGCGCUCUCAGUCUUUUUUCACUAGGUCAUGCAUACGGCACUCUGAACGAUAGCUCUGCCCCAGAGCACCACCAGCCGUCUCCUCCAACCUAUCAGGAUGCAUUGCGCUUCCCUGUGCUGAUUGUGCACCGUAGCGAUGGCUGCCUCAGCCAUGAACAUCGCUUACUGCAUCACAACGGCUCCUGCGUGGAGACUUCCUUAUGACCCAUGCUAAUAAGUCAUUGGUUUUCAGGGAUAUAAAUGAAAAUUAUUUCACAGAUACAGGGAGUAAUAAAAGACAUUUCAACCUAGUUUGAUUAUAGAUCAAGAUGAUUAUCCAGAGGAUGGUAUCAUUUCUGUGCUUGUAAACCAGGCAUUGUAGCAGGCUGAUGGAGAACGACUGGGCGAGCGUCUUGACGACAAGCUCAGUGUAAUAUAAUAAAAUGAAUAAUAAUAACUUUCAUUGAGAGUCAGACUAAUAGUGAUGGCAAUUCCAAUGGAAAAUGGAAAAAUAAAAGCCGGAUGUCAUGAUCACUAUGCUAAC